CUUUACCAUCUAUUCCCAGUAAGACGAGAGUGCAAGUUUAAACCUCCGUCCACUCACUGUUAUCAAUCAGAAGAACCAUGCGGUGCUACCUGUUCAGUCCGAGAUAUUUGCUGGCUAUCGCCGCAUUUAUUACUUUUUCCAAUGACGUCAUAUUGGUAUCCGGUGAUGAAUUGGUAGAUAACUACACAGUUGUAAAUGUUAAUGUUUACUACGAAUCACUAUGUGGCGAUAGUAUAAGAUGGGUAAAAGAUCAACUCGUACCCAACUACGCGUCCUUGAAGAAACAUCUCAAGAUCACUUUGAUUCCGUACGGUAAAGCAACGCAAACACGUAAUGCCGAAACCGGUCGAUGGCAUUUUUCGUGUCAACACGGAUCUUCCGAAUGCCUUGGUAAUAAAGCACAAGCCUGUGGUAUUCAUGCUAUAGAAUCUGAUUAUCAAAAAAAUGAGCAACAAGAUCAAAUAGUUUAUCUAAUCGGUUGUACUAUGAGCGAUCAAUAUCCACCAAGUGCUGUUGAAACUUGUGCAAAAGACUAUUUGAAAGAAGAAACACAAAAGCGUAUAUCAGAAUGCAUCAACAGUUCUUUAGCAGAUGAUUUGCUCGCUGCUAACGGUGAUAAAACAUGGGCUCUAAAACCACAACUUUCCUUCGUACCAACAAUAAUUUUAAACGGAGUUCGUACAGCAGAAAUUCAAAAAUCCGCAUUAAACAAUUUUAAAACAUUAAUUUGUUCCUAUUUGACAAAAGAUGAACAACGUUCGAUUUGUCCAACGUUGUAAGAUAAAAAGAACAGACAGAAAUACUUACGCAAAGGCCGUUGAUCGGGAUAUUGUAUAGCAACCGAGAGUUCUUCCCAAUCAUUUUUCUUACAAGAAUUGGAUGAAGUUGAUAAAAAUGGCGAGGAUGAUCCAAUAUUAUCCACUUGCGAGGAAUGAUGAUUAGUCCAACAAGAUUCUCGUGUACUUCCAACGACGUUCAUUGUGGAUAUCAAACGAGACGAUGAAUCAAGAAGAUAUUCUUCUUGAUCGAUCCCGUUUGUUGAAUAAACACGUUGCCUUACGUUUUCCCCGUUCUUGUCGACAACGAGGUAAUCCUCGAGGUGCA